CCAAGGCGCUCAUUUAACUCCAAUUGCGGAACUGCCAGGCGCUGCUCCUACUUGCAGCUCCUGGCUCGAGCCUGCUUGGUCUUAACCGCCGAGGCCGCGGAGUCCCGGCGUCGGGUCCCGGUCCCCGCGCGCCAUGAGCCCCGCGCAGCGGAGCGCCCCCGCCGUACGGCGCCCACUGAGCCGGCUGGCCCCGCCGCUGCUGCUGCUGCUGCUCCUGCGUCCUCCGGCUGCGGCGGGUGACUGCAGCCCUCCCUCAGACUUAGCUAAUGCCAAACCAGCUUUGGAAGACCGUACAAAUUUUGCUGAACAAAGCACAGUAACAUAUAAAUGUAAUGAGGGCUUUGUAAAAGUUCCUGGCAAGGCCGACUCGGUGAUCUGUCUGGAUAAUAAGUGGUCGGAGGUUGAAGAAUUUUGUAAUCGUAGCUGUGAUGUUCCAACCAGGCUACUUUUUGCAUCUCUCAAAAAGUCUUAUAGCAAUCAGAAUUAUUUCCCAGAAGGUUCCACUGUAGAAUAUGAUUGCCGUUUGGGCUACCGAAGGGACCAUUCUCUCUCAGGAAAACUAACUUGCCUUCAGAAUUUUAAGUGGUCCAAACCUGAUGAAUUUUGUAAAAAAAAAUCAUGUCCUUACCCUGAAGAAAUAAAAAAUGGUAAUAUCGAUAUAACACAGGGCAUAUUAUUCGGAUCGUCCAUCUAUUUUUCGUGUAACACAGGCUACAAAUUAGUUGGUGCAACUUCUAGUUUCUGUUCUAUUGGGAGAGAUUCGGUUGAAUGGAGUGAUCAAUUUCCAGAAUGCCAAGAAAUUUUAUGUCCAAAACCACCAAAAAUUCACCAUGGAAUGAUUCAAGAUGAAGAAAGCAGUUAUGCAUAUGGACAAUCUGUAACAUAUAAAUGUAUGGAAGGCUUCACCCUACAUGGAAAUAGCUCUAUCUAUUGUACUGUAAAAGAUGACCAAGGAGAGUGGAGUGACCCCCCACCUGAAUGCAAAGACACUUCUCAAAUUUACAAAUUCUCACUGAUGGUUCAGGAACUCACCACCGUAAACGUUCCAGGUACCAAAGCCCCACCAUAUCCUCAGAAAUCCACCACAGUGAAUGUUUCAGCUACAGAAGCCCCACCAACUCCUCCGGAACUCAUCACUGUACAUGUUGCAGCUACAGAAGCCCCACCAACUCCUCAGAAACCUGCCACUAUACAUGUUCCAGCUACAGAAGCCCCACCAACUCCUCAGAAACCUGCCACUAUACAUGUUCCAGCUACAGAAGCCCCACCAACUCCUCAGAAACCUGCCACUAUACAUAUUCCAGCUACAGAAGCCCCACCAACUCCUCAGAAACCCGCCACUGUACAUAUUCCAGGUACAGAAGCCCCACCAACUCCUCAGAAACCCACCACUGUACAUGUUCCAGCUACAGAAGCCCCACCAACUCCUCAGAAACUCACCAAAAUAAGUUCUUCAGCUACGAAGUCCCCAUUAGUUUCUCAGAAACCCACCACUGUAAAUGUUCCAGCUACAGAAGUCCCAUCAACUCCUCAGAAACCUUUCACAGCAAAUAAUUCAGCCACAACAGCCCCACAUUCCCCCACAUCAAACACUCUCUCUACAGCAGUUCAGAAUCCCAUCAUGCCAAAUGCUUCUGCACCACAGGCCUCAUCAACGACCCAAAGAUUCACCACAGCAAAAUCUUCACUUAUACAGAAUCUUAGAGCAACACAAAAGUCCACUGCUGUACAUUCCGCAGUGACUAAGGGUCUCCAUACAACACAAAGAUUGACCUCUGCUCAUGUUACAGCAGCAAAGAAUCCAGCUGUUCCCAGGGCAACCGCAGGUUUUCAUGCAACAAGCACACCUAAAGGAGGAGGAAGCUCUCCUUCAGUUGCUAGCGUCAUUACAUUGGUUCUGCUGAGAAAUAGAGACUGACUACUCUUCUAAGCACCUUCUUAUCUGCUGUGUAAGUGAAGCCUGCAUUGUGAUUUUUAAAGCUAUUCUCUGCUGGCUGCGUAUCAGUGUUUUUCAAAAAGAAUUUUUUUUCAUUAUCACCCUCUCCCCCUCAAGGAGCUUUUAAGACAUUUUUUCCUAAUCAUCCCUAUGAAAUAUUAAUACUACAGAUAUAAUAUAAAUCUAUUUAUGUACUAUAUGCACACAGGUACUUUAUACAUAAAAAGUCAGAUUUUUUUUUCCCUUUAGGGAUGAUACCAACCCCAUUGAGAAUACAUGCUGUAUAUAAUUGUGGGGUUUUUUUUUUUUGUUUUGUUCACACUGUCAUAUAGAAGGAAGACUUGUGCUUUGGAGUCAGUCAGACCUUGGUUUCAAUCUUGUUUUGAAUUUUUUUUCCAUUUAGUCAUUAUUCAACCCAAGUGCUUCACUUAAUCUCUUGGAGUCCCAGUUUUCUCAUUUAUGAGAUGGUGAUCAUGAUUCCUAUUUAGUCUCAGAAGCUUAAAGAGGUAAUAGAUGUGAAAACUACUAGCAUAGUGCUAAAAAUUGAAUAAAUCUUAGCUUUAAGAAUUCAUUUUUAUUUUAUCACUAUUAUUUUCCUAAGGUGGAUUUCUGACAAUUUUAUCAUUCCCUAUGGCCACACCAAAGAGUAAGAAUAGUCCUUUAUUAGAGUAAUAUUUGCGUUUGGCGCGUGACAAGGACUGUACUGAAAUACACCUAUGUAUUAUUUCAUUUACUUCUCACAACAGUCCUGUAGUGUAGCUAUGUCCCACUUUGUAGCUGAGAGAACUGUGGCUUUGCAAAAUUCUUUACUUGCUCAAGGUCACAAAGCUAUUAGGAGGCAGAUGACUAGUUUCUUCAGCACUAAGUACUUGAAAGGAUAGAACAAUUCUUACCCUAGAGCUGCACAACUCAAAUUUGACAGUUAAGAUUGUCCUGAUUCUUUACAACUAUUGCUUUUUUUCCUUCUAUUGCUGAACUCCUGUAUUGUGACAUUCACAAAUCCCUUGCGGGAGCUAAUAGGUCAGUUGCAGGAAUAUUAAAGAAAAGAUUAGAGAAUGCUCAGUGGAAUAUCAAAAAUACUUCUUUUAAAUAUCACAUGCUUAUGUUAUGUUAUGCUUUUCUGUUAAACAGGAUUAUCAGGAGGAACAAAACCUAUUCACAGCUUUCUUAGUUUUUCAUAGUAUAUAGACUGCAUUUCCGCUUUAUGAGAUGUAUAUGUGAGACCUUUUGAAAUGACUGGAUGGAUCCACAUUUCUUCAGAAAAGGAGACAAACGUCAUUUGAUAAUACCAGAUCUUGUACUUAGAUUCUGACUUGGGUUGUUCGGGAAUGGAGACCGUACUCUAUAUUAAUGUAACACCCAGCUAAUACAAAUUUUGUUGGAGUAAUCUCAGGUAUUUUUCUUGAGAAUAUUGCAAACAGUUAAAAUCAUGCCCUGAACCUGGGGUUAGAAAUAGGUUUUCUCUGGAGAUAAACUGUUUGACUUACUCUUUUUCGGUCUCAGUUUUCUCAUCUGCAAAAAGAAUAUCAUUCAAUGCAAUUUAAUAAACAUUUACUAAACACUUUUUACUAUUUGCAAGCACCUUGCCAAUUGUUGGAGAUAAUGAGAUAAUAGGUGACAGACUGCUUUGCAGUGUUUUAAGUACUAGGUAAAUAUAAUUCUACAUAAUGGGGAACAUUACUAAAAUACUGCUUUUACUUGGAGAAAAAUAUUUUCUAAAAUUAUGUAAUUUUCCUACCUAUGAUCUCUUCAAUGAAUAAUUAAGGACAUUGCAAUCAUAAUCAUAAUUUCAUUUAUAAUUUUAUAGUUUCUUUUAGCCCAAGUUGUGUCAAUCUUAAGUUAAAAGUGAUUCACCUUUGGGUGAAUGUUAAGAUCAUAAACUAUUGCCUUUAUACUUUAAAGUUUUCUUUGUUUCUAAUUUGCAAAAUAAUACUCUCAUUAAUCAUUAAUUAUUGAGGAAUCAUUUCUUUAGAAUUAUAUUUCUCAUAUUUCUGUAUUUUGCACUGGUUUUCUGUUAAAGUAUCAACCUCCACACACUUUCUUCUAGAAUCACAUAUAUGUGCUGAUCAGUGUUCUAAGAAUAUUCCUAACUUCUGUCAUCCAGAUAUUCUGGAUCACUUUAAGAUUUUCCAUCUUCAUUUAUCAUUCAAAUUGAAAACGGGAUUUUUCUGCAACAUUUGAAAGUGGUGGGGUUAAUGGGAAAUGGUGAAAGGAAAAGAAACCCCAAAUUUUUGAGAAGCCAUGGUUUAUGAGUACAGUCUUUUCAAGCUAAUGCUAUGGUGCGAAGGGAUCAAUUAAAGAAACUGGCUGGGUAAAAUACUGUAAAGCCCAUGGUGGAAACAGCUGUUUUUAAAAUUAUGUAUCCACAUGGCAGUUCAGUUGUGCAACAUCUGUAGUAUUUUGCUGAUUUGGAACCAGAUACACUUGUUAGUCACAUUAGCUUCAGUUGCUUUUCUAGUGUUAUCAAUAAUUUUCUUUGUAGUGCAGAUUGAAAGAAUAGGAUUCAAGGAUUUGGGAGCCUGGAGUGGGUAGGAAAAGGGAGACCCAGGGUGGUGAGGGGAAAGGGCAAUGGGUGGUUUUCAGAAGAAAGCUUAUGUGUAAAAGUCAAGGUAUAAAAUUUUUUUGCGGUUGAUCAACUUAUUUAACCAAUUAUUUACUGUUGUUCAACUCAAAAUAGUGCAUUUAAUCUUGAAAGUAAAUAUUAGUUUUCCUAAAUGAAAACUUAUCUGCAAUAGACUAAACAUUGAAAAGCAUUUCUAUAAGCAAAGUAUAUUUUACUCUCUGCUCAGAUGAGGAUACCUUUCCUAUGAUGGAGAAAUGCCUACAUCUCUGUUACCUUUACUAUGAACUAAGUAAAUGGCCCUCCCGUUAACCACAUAUGGAAACUUCACGUUUCUGAGACUCAGUUUAAUUAUCUACAAAAUGAGCGUGAGCUCCAAGACACCUUCUAGUGCUGAAAUUACAUAAUACAGUCAUCAUAUUUAAAUAAUCAAUGGUCAAAUCAUUGAAAAUUAAGCAUGGUGGUGUUGAAACACUUUAGAACCCUCUCAAACCUGUUAAAUUUUAUGUGAGCAUUGGGAUACUUCAUUUUAAAUAUUUCGUUUUUCCUUGAAAGAAAACAGAUUAAAUAACAUGCAAUUUUUACUGUCAAACUUGUGACAUAAGCAAGCAAGCAAAAUAGAAUUCAUGUCUCCUGGUUUUUCCUUAACUUACCUCAUAAUCAGUAUGUUUGUCAUUGUGAACUACACUGUAUAUAUAAUUUCUCAUGUUUCUGUAUUAACUGUCUUACCAAAUUUUUUCCCCCUCAAGGAUGUGUUGCUGGUACUAUAAUAAUUGUUACCAUAAUUCUAUUCAAAGUUUUCUGGGACAGUGGAAAAUCAGGGUGAGCAGAAAUUCUGAUGAUUUUAAAAAAUUUGUUCUUAGCUUCUUUCCAGUAAAACUGGACACUAUGCCGGUAGAUAACUUUCUUAGCUUAAUUGUAUUUUUUGCCAUGCUGUCUCUUUAUUCCUUUUGCCUGUUGAUUACUAACCUGGAUGAACAGACUCUGUGUCUUUUAAAAAAUGUUUAGAUCCUGUGCAUACAAGGACAUUAAGUGAUUUGAAACCCAAAGUCUCAUUGCAAUCUGUUAAUCAACCCAACUUUUUCUCUACUCAUUACAAUUUAUGAGAGUAUCUGUGUAUUGUAAAGAAGCGAAAAAAUCUAGAAAGAGAAAUUCUAACAUAUUGCUAAAUUGCCUGUGACUAGGCCUAUUAAUAAAUUGCAUUUAUUAAUAGAUGCCAGUCUAGCCAAAAUCAGCCCAGUGGUUAAGAGGGCAGACUCAGGAACCUGACUGCUCGAUUCCAGUCCUGGGCCUACUAUUUACAUACCAUGUGACUGUGAGUGGCUUAACCUCUCUAUGCCUCAGUUUUCUCAUUUUUAAAAAUGGGGGAAAUAUAGUACCUACUUCAUGGGAUUGUAGUAUCUAUCUCAUGGCAUCAAAUGAAUUGCCACCUGUAAAGAGGUUAGAACCUUACUUGGCACAUCAUAAGCACUCAGGUGAUAAAAAAACAACACAGAAAAAAGAGAUCAGUAUUUGAAACAUCUGAUCUGCAUUGAAUAUACGUGCAUUAAGUAUAAAGUUGGCUCUGAUGUAGCCUGUAGACAGAGCAUUAUUUAAAUUGACCCUCUUCUCUUUUGUAGAUUUUAUUGUUCAGAAAACUCAUUUUGAAGUUCAUAUAAACUGGAAUUCUUUCUGAAGUGCCCUAAUGCCUAUUUUUUCACUACUUGAUUAAGAACGACUAUAUUUUAACGGUGUUACUAAAUUGCCUAUUUCAAUUCUUUGGAUGAUGUGAGAUAUCUACUUUUUACCCUCCAUGGCUCUUUCCCUUCUCUUUAAAUUAACAAUAUUGUUUAAGCCUAUUAUAAGCUGAAGUAUGUAAACAUUCUGUAAAUCACUAAAUGGUUCCUUCUUUUACUAAAAAUAUUCGACCAUUGGGUCCUGGGUUUGUUUUUUUUUUGUAGCAGAUAUUACAGAUGUUUGUUUACUUCCAGUAAAAUAUUCUAGAUGACUUAAAAGCAAAUGUGGUAAAAUAGAACUUCCUCUUCAGAUUUUUCAGAAACUAUUUAAGAAUAUGGUUUAGAGCCCAGCAUAAAUUAACAGAAUUCUAAGUCAUGUAAAGUGAGUUAAGUUGGUACAGAUGCCUCAGCAAAAAUACUCUGGAAAAAAAGAGUAAACCACCAGUCUUCUGUACUUCCUUCCAUUUGGUCCAGUUCUCCUGAAUUGGAACCUUUUCAGUUUACUUGUAAAGCCAAUGCUCUGGGGCUUGGUAGGUGAGGGGGUGGGAUGUGAUGAGUUUAUGGGGGGCUCUCUCUAGGCUAUCAUUUCUUUAGAUAUUUUGGUAAAAUAAUUGACCAUGAUAUUUUUAAUAGAAUGAAAAGUGCUGAAACAUAGAAGGAGGGGCUAUUUGUUUUAUGUUUUAUUGGGGUUUUGCAGUAAACAUAAUUCUUCUAUUUGUGAAUCAGAAGAAAUUCAUGCAAACCCCUAAGAAAGAAUUUGCCAUUUUUCAGUUGCACUAAAAACACUCCACCUGCCUUAUUUUGGAAGUAUAAGCUGUUGAGGGUAGGAGCUGACUUUAUACAUUCCUGGUUAUACUCUCAAUUUCACACUGAUUUAAUUAAAAUUUGAUCUUAAUGAGACAGGGGAAAGAGUUAAUGCGUGUGAAGGUGUAAUGUACCUUCACCUAGUGAUCCUUUGUGUUAAAUCCUGUCAAAGGAUUUAUUUACAUCUUUUAGAAGUGUUGGAUAUGUGUGAUAAAUUUUAGUUUAUACAAAGAAUGUGAUUGUAAGCAAAUGCUGAUAUUGCUUUUUGAUUGAACUUAAAAUUUUAUAAUUCAGUCAGUAUUUUCCUUCUCUACUAUUCAGCUCUUACUACACACAUGAGAACAACAAAGCACUUAAUGUUAAGUUUCAUAAUUUAACUGUGACUGAUGAUGCUGCAGAAGUAAGACCACCUGGUAAUUUAUAAAAG